AUGGCGACCGCACCAGCGCCACCGUCGGCACCAGUGACGGCAGAAGCACAGACGAGCGGCGGCACGAUUGCGACAGCCCCGUCGGACAAUGUGCAAAAGUACAUUCAGAACGACCCGAAGCGGACCGGAUUCGACCCGGCCACGGCGUGGUGGAUGACGUAUUUUCGGAUCCUGACGGGCCAGGUGUCCUCGGAGGGCGUGCACCACUACCGCGAGUGGCGGUACCGGCAGAACGAGGAGCGGGACUGCCGGCGUUGCGAGGAGGCGCGAGACUACCUCCUGCGCUACAGUCCGAUUAUCCGCUUUCUAUCGGAACGGACGACGCAACUGGGCGGCCACCAGAUGGAUGCGAGCAACAUUGUGUGUGCGCGGUGUCCGGCGCGCGUGGCGGAGGUGGAGGUGGACGUCGAGACGGAGACGGAGACACCGGGACAGGAGACAACAGCGAAGACGGCACAGAAGCAGAAGCAGCUGCGUGUCGUGCGCCAAGGCGGCGGUUUUCACCCGGCAUUUGGCAUCCUGCUAUGUGCCAAUGAGAUGCGUGACCGUAAGCACCUCGAGGACAACUUGGCACACGAGAUGGUCCACGCCUACGACCACUUGCGGUGGAAUGUCGACUGGGACAAUUUGCGGCAUGCCGCCUGUUCGGAGAUCCGAGCAUCGAUGCUGAGCGGCGAGUGCCGCUACUCGCGCGAGGCCUUUACGCGCGGCAACUGGUCGCUGACGGAACAGUUUCAGCGCUGCGUACGGUCGCGAGCCAUCCAGUCGCUGACGGCACGGCCACGAUGUCGCGACGAUGUGCACGCCACCAAGGUGGUCAACGAGGUGUGGGACUCGUGCUUCAGCGAUACACGGCCGUUUGACGACAUCUACAAGUAG